CGACGACCAAAGACAACCAUCAUCGCGCAAUAUCACAAAAAAAAAAAAAAAAGUGAAGUUCCAGAAGCUUCUUCUCUUUUGAAAGCAUCGCCAGGGUCACCACCGAUCAAUCAGGCCAAGUGGAAGCUGCGCUAGGUCAGUCCGCUGUCCACAUCGCCGGCGGCAAGACCGGGCGUAGCAGUCUUACUUUUCCCCCCAUAAAAUCCCCCCAACCAACCCAUGGACGACUCUACCUCUCCCGCUUCUCCUCCCCUCUUUCAUCUCCAAACCCAAACAACCGCGCAUGGCUCCCUCUAACUCCGCCUCCCCCCUCGCCCCCCUUCUCCUCCUCUUCCUCCUCCUAUUCGCCGCCACGGAUAUGGCCGACGCCGUCCGCUCGACUCCCAUCACUCCACUCAUCGCGUUCCUCCAGUCCCUCCAAUCGGCCGCCCUCGCCUCCCUUGGCUCCUCCGGCUUCGACCCCAAAGUCUACGUCGAUCUCCCCCUCAAGCGGGACCUCGCCAGCACCCAGGCCGCUUUCGACGCCCUCCCCCGCGUCGACGGGGUGGUGCCGGCCGCGACACUGCAGAGAUACGUCGACGAGUACUUCGGCGUGGCCGGGUCGGAUUUGCUGGUGGCACAGCCGGCGGACUUUGUGGCCGAGCCGGAGGGCUUCCUUCCCAAGGUGGAGCGCCCGGAGGUGAGAGCUUGGGCGCUGCAGGUGCACGCGCUGUGGAAGAACUUGAGCCGGAGGGUAGCGGACGAGGUGCGGGAGCAGCCGGAGAGGCACACACUGCUUCCGCUGCCUGGCCCUGUUGUCGUGCCAGGUUCGAGGUUUCGGGAGGUUUAUUACUGGGAUUCCUAUUGGAGUAUCAGGGGCUUACUUGUAAGCAAAAUGUAUGAAACUGCAAAGGAAAUAGUGCGAAAUCUUCUCUCCCUUGUUGAAACUUAUGGUUUUGUCUUGAAUGGUGCAAGAGCAUACUACACUAAUCGAAGUCAACCACCAUUAUUGAGUGCAAUGGUAUUUGAUAUAUAUGAGAGAACUGGUGAUAUGGAAUUUGUUAAGCAAGCUGUCCCUUUGUUGCUUAAGGAGCAUAAGUUUUGGAAUUCAGAGGUUCACAAGGUGACCGUACAAGAUGCUCAAGGCCACAAGCAUUCUCUCAACCGAUACAAUGCUAUGUGGGACAGACCCCGGCCAGAAUCUGGCACGAUUGAUGAAGAGUCAGCUGCCAGACUUUCAUCUGCUGCUCAGAGGAGAAACUUUUACCACCAGGUCGCUUCAACUGCUGAAUCAGGAUGGGACUUCAGUUCACGUUGGAUGAGAAAUUCAUCCGACUUGACAACAUUGGCAACUACAUCAAUAAUACCUGUGGAUCUAAAUGCUUUCAUAUACAAGAUGGAAUAUGACAUAUCCUACUUCUCAAAUAUAAUUGGGGAUAGUUCAACCUCAGAAAAGUUUGCUGCAGCUUCAAAGGCACGCAUGGCAGGAAUAAGAUCAAUAUUUUGGAACUCAGAUAUGGGCCAGUGGUUGGACUACUGGCUCAUGACUAACAACUCUGAGAAAUCUCAACGGCAGGAAGUGCACCACCAAAACCAUCAUAUAUUUGCAUCAAAUUUUGUUCCUCUUUGGAUUAGGGCAUAUGGUUCGGAUGGCAAAGAGUUGGACAGAGUUGUAAAAAGUUUCCAAAACUCUGGGCUACUUCACGCAGCUGGAAUUGCUACUUCUUUGACAAAUACUGGGCAACAAUGGGAUUUCCCAAAUGGUUGGGCACCGUUGCAACAUAUGAUAGUGGAGGGAUUGGCCAACUCUGGUUCAAAAGAAGCCAGGUCAUUGGCGGAAGAUAUUGCUAUUAGGUGGAUCAGAACAAAUUAUGUUGCAUACCAGAGAACUGGAGUAAUGCAUGAAAAAUAUGAUGUCCAAGCCUGUGGAGAUACGGGAAGCGGCGGGGAGUACGCGCCCCAGACUGGAUUUGGUUGGUCCAACGGCGUAGCUCUCGCAUUUUUGGAAGAAUUUGGUUGGCCGCAUGAUCGGGCAAUCGAUUGCGAUUAACCUGAGCAAACAAGUCGACUAUUAUGGUUGGCAUGAUUCAUAUGGUAUAUCGUAUGUGAUUCAUAUAGUUUAAUUGAAUAAGGCUAUCGACCUUACUAGAUGUCCCCUCUCAGUAGUAAAAGAAGACUUAUUAUUAUAAUGUUCUUAUAUUUGGUAAUAUUCACUAAUUUGUGGCUCUAUUGGCUGUUAUUUAUUUAUUUUGCCAUAAUUCAAUUCAAUCACGAUGUUUUUAAAUUUA